AUGGCAAACGCUGCUUCAAGACCUUCUGCUCUUAUCCGCUUUACUCAAUUAUCAAACGACGUGCUAGACAGCCGCUAUCUGCGUCAUAUCAAGAACAUUGUCUUUGUCCUUGUAUUGCUGAAUUACUGGUCCAAAUUAUACAACACUGUGCUGAUUGGAGGUCCUGUGAGAGCUGUUCAUGAUUUCAAGGCGUAUCUGAUGAGAAUUGCAUUCAGACAAUUGCGUCGUCUCCCCGCUGUACAAGAAAAGAUCAACAAGGAAUUGGGAACUACGUUGGCUGGCAUGGAAAAGUCGAUGAUGGACAAGGAAGUAGGUUUAGGAAGUAAUCUGACAUUGCCUGCCAAGGGUAUGUCCGAGCAGCAAGUGAUGGAGAGUUUGCACAAGUUUGAGGGCCUCAAGGCAGCAGACUGGGCAGGAGGAAAAGUAUCAGGUUCUAUCUAUCAUGGCGGUGAAGAUCUCACCAAGAUCCUCGCUGAAGCUUACAAGAUUUUCGCCAUUGCAAACCCUCUUCAUCCCGAGAUUUUCCCCGGUAUCAGACGUAUGGAGGCCGAAUCAGUAGCCAUGGUUUUGUCCAUGUACAACGCUCCAUCGACUGGUUGUGGUACCAUGACAAGUGGAGGCACAGAGAGCAUCUUAAUGGCCUGUAAGACAUACCGUGAUAUGUACAAGGAUCUAAAGGGCAUCAAUUACCCUGAAAUGGUGGUGCCUGACACUAUUCAUGCUGCUUUCAUGAAGGCUGCUAGCUACUUUAAGAUUAAGCUCAUCACUGUUCCUAUUGAUCCAGUGACGCUCAAGGUCGAUGUCAAAAAGAUGGAGAGGGCCAUCACGAAAAACACUGUCAUGAUUGCUGGUUCCGCUGUCAACUUUCCUCACGGUAUCGCCGACGAUAUUGUGGCGUUGGGCAAGCUGGCCAAGAAGUACAAGAUUGGCUUGCACGUCGAUUGUUGUCUCGGUAGUUUUAUCAUGCCCUUCUUGGAAAAGGCUGGCUUCCCUACCACAGAUUUUGACUUCCGUGUAGAUGGUGUAACUUCUAUCUCUUGUGAUACUCAUAAAUAUGGUUUUGCAGCAAAGGGCUCCUCCAUCAUCAUGUAUCGCAAUGCUACCAUUAGAAAGUACCAAUACUUUUUGUACUCUCAAUGGACAGGUGGUAUUUACGCAUCGCCUAGUAUUGCUGGCUCUCGUCCUGGCGCGCUUAUUGCCGGUUGCUGGUCUGCUCUCAUGUACAUGGGUGAAGACGGCUACCUGAAAGCUUGUAAGGAUAUUGUGGGUGCUCGUCGUAUCAUGGAAGCUGGUGUGCGAUCCAUUCCUCAACUCCACGUCAAGGGCGACCCUAUUGGUCCUGUACUUUCGUUCGGUGCAAAUGAGCCUCUUAAUAUUUACGAUGUGGGAGACAAGUUGGCUGCUAGAGGUUGGAACUUGAGUGCACUCCAAAACCCUUCCGGUCUUCAUAUUUCCACCACAUUGCCUUGGGUCAACAGUGCUGAAACAUUUGUCAAGGAUCUCAAGGAGUGUGUACAAGGCCUGGUUGAUGACCCAUCAUCAGGAAACGGUUCUACAGCCGCUAUUUAUGGUACUGCAGCAAGUGUUCCUGACAAGACCAUCGUGGACGAUGUAGCUGCUGGAUUCUUGGAUCUUUUAUACAAGGCUUAA